AUGCAAAUGUUGAAGGCUGGAUUGAAUCGUUGGAACAACACUUUACUUUAUAAUGUAAUUAAAAGUCGAAAAAUAAGUGGAUACACUAGACUGGCUCCAAAAUGGUCUAAUUCAGAAAUUGUAUAUCGAGAAGAUCAAGUCCCAAGGAAUACAGAAGUGUUGGUUAUCGGUGGAGGUAUUAUUGGUUGGGCCACAGCGUUUUGGAUUCGUCGAGAUUCAAAGUAUUCUGUGACUGUUGUUGAAAAAGAUCCAACAUAUGCUAACUCGGCAACAGUUCUUGGCUUAGGAUCUAUACGACAACAGUUUUCAGAACCGGAGAAUAUACAAAUGUCAUUAUUUUCAAGCAAUUUCUUAAGGAAUAUUAAAGAUUAUUUAUUAGUCAAUGAUGAGAUAAAUGAUAUAGACAUUGGUUUCAAUCCACAAGGUUGCCUAAUGUUAUCAGAUGUCAAAAAUGCUGCUUCGUUUGAGGAGAAUUAUAUACUGCAAAUAGAUUUAGAAGCAAAAGUUGAAUUGCUAAGUAAAAAAGAAAUCUCUACGCGUUGGCCGUGGAUAAACACUGAAGAUGUCGAGUUAGGCUGCUAUGGCUAUGAAAAUGAAGGAUGGUUUGAUCCUUUGAGUCUACUUAGAGCAUUGAAAACAAAGUGUCAUUUUAUGGGCGUCAAUUAUGUUGUCGGUGAGGUGAUUGACUUUGAAGCGAGUCGAACGACGACGACGUAUCCGUUCUCUGGCAGACCAAAAAGACCUUUAGUAACUAGCAAACGUCUGAGUUUUGUUAAAGUAAGCCCUAAUAAAUUUUAA